AUUCGAUAACUGCCGGUGCAAUAGCUGGUACUGCUACGCAACGGAAACGGAACGAAGGACAGGAAUACGAGAACUACUGUCGCAAGAGGCAAGCGGCUAGAGGGUAGGCUAGGGAAUAGAGGAUAACGGUGGCAGUGCCGCCAGUCGUCCUCAGGAGGAGUCGGUCAUUCUGCUUAGAAGAGACGGACGGACAGACAGACGGACGGACAGGGACUGCCGUGGUCCGUGAACCAAGCGUAUAUAGAUGGACACGCGCGAGCCAGCCGCACGGCGCGACCUGAGUGUGUGUAGACGUAGGUAGGGAAUUGGUCGUGCGAGUAUAGCAACGAGAGAAGAAGCUGAAGAAAAGAGGAAGAGGUGGAGCGAAAGAAGGAACGAGCGAGUCGGACCAGCGAGCGUGUAGCGCGGUAGUGGUGGUGGUGGUGACGACUGGUGCCGUGGACGGUCGGCGGUCGGACCGUGGAAGUGAAGUGAAAAAUUUGCGAGUGGUGUUUGAACGGUGCGCUGGGUUUCGCUGGGUCGUUGUUGCCGAGGAGUGCUGGGGUUUUGUGUGUUCAUCGGACCCGUUGUCGAUACGCCGAAGGACGCAAGGAACGCGCGAGAGAACCAUGUCCGACCGGGAGAGCCUGGAAGAACAGCCGCAAAAGUAUGGAAACCCUGGCGGUAUGGAGGCUGGAGGAGCUGACUUCGAUUCCGGUCAGCAGGGUCAGCAGGGCGAGCAGGAACUGGCGACGAAGAUGCUGCAAAUUCAAAGCAAGAGAUUCUAUCUUGACGUCAAACAAAACAGACGCGGAAGAUUCAUCAAAGUCGCCGAGAUCGGAGCCGAUGGCAGGAGAAGCCAGAUCUUCCUGGCGCUGAGUACAGCGUCUGAAUUCCGGGACCACUUAUCAACAUUUAGCGACUUUUACGCGUCGCUAGGUCCUCCAAAUCCGGAAAACGUACCGGACGACGGAAAGCUCAAGUCGGAAAUGAUGGUGAAGGACAAUAGGCGGUACUACCUGGACCUCAAGGAGAACUCUCGUGGACGUUUCCUGCGGGUGAGUCACCCUGUUUCCCAGACGAUAACACGGGGUGGUCCCAGGUCGCAAAUUGCGAUACCUGCACAGGGAAUGAUUGAGUUUCGCGAUGCCUUGACGGACCUCCUUGAGGAGUUUGGUACGGACGACGGAGGAUUCAAGGGCGAUUUACCAGAAGGACGCUACAUGCGCGUCGAUAAUAAAAAUUUCUAUUUCGAUAUUGGACAGAACAAUCGUGGUAUCUACAUGAGAAUUUCGGAGGUGAAGACAAACUUCAGAACGGCGAUCACGGUGCCAGAAAAGUCCUGGGGACGAUUCCGCGACAUCUUCGCGGAUUACUGUGAGAAAAUGAAGGAAGGCGGUGCGGGUGUUGGCGUUGGUGUGGGGUUGAGCGGCGUAGGCGGCGGCGGUGGCGGAGGAAACGUCCUUACCGAGGGAAAGGGCUCGGUGGUGGCGCAGGUACCAUCACCAUCCUCCACCUCGCAGCAGCCUAAUCCUAAUCCGAAUCUAGACUCUCCCUUAAUCAAGUGAAAAAGGCUUUAACUUAACUCGAACUUUGGAAUUAUAACCAUAACUCGUUUUCAAGUCGUUAAGCGAACUAAAGGAACUUGUCAGAGUCUAUGCCAUCGUCAUCACCAUCCUCAUCGCCAUCAUCAUCAAUGUAUUCGCCAUCAUGUUCAUCAUCAUCAGCAUCAUCACCAUCGUCAUCUUCAUCUUCAUCAUCUUUAUUGUCACCGUCACUGUUACCGUCACCGUCACCGUCACCGUCACCGUCACCGUCACUCGCCGUACGAGGAAAACCGUAUCCGCCAAUGGAGAUCGUUAUUGCGCACUGUCAACGCUAUCAGCUGAUUGUCAAAGAUUGUCGGUAAGACGACGUGCGACGAAGUGCGAUCGGUGAGGUUGCUCGUUCUCGGGCCCAACGUCUUAGGCGCCGAGACACAAAGAGCUGGUUUAGAUUAUGGAUAUGGAAAGAGGAAAUACGAUAAUUUAACGAACGAGCUGUUCGAGUGUCGGGGUCGCUCGUGCGACAUUAACCCUCGCACGUGGACGCGCAACGACGGAUCGAAAUGCUGCGCGAUGUCCUAGACGGAUGUACGAGUUGCCAUCGAUUAACGUUAUAAGUACUACCGUUCAUUUCCUGGCUUUUUCCCCUCGCUCAAAAAAAAAAAAUUCACCCACUAUAUCAGUCUAUUUGUUUUUCUUACGAUCUACGGACACAUUAGGCGCGUACAGGAUGACGUAUUGUCAUCGGACCUCGCAUACGUCAUACCAAAAUGCAAACUUAAAAAAAUUCCUCACGGGAAAUGGACUGUAGUGGAGGUUACGUUGCAAUUGAAUUUGAUCGUUCAGAAUUUAUGGAUAAAUAGUUGUUAUAUUAGCGGUUGUAUCGCGGGAAAGAUUGAGAGAGCGUAUACGCCGUCGACAAGAGGAUUGAUUCAGAAGAGGAGGGCGACGAUUGAAGAAGAUAACGAGACAAGAGGAAUUAGAAUGAGAUAAUAGUAAUAAUCAGGAUGGAACGGAGAAAGUGUCAAAUCGUAUCAAACAUCCGAUCGAUCGGAUCCGCGGUCGCGUACCGUAUUCAAUACCUCGCGUAUAUUUAUGAUUACGCGUUCUCAAUGUAUAUACACGUAUAUACCUGAUAAGAAGAAAGUACGGAAUCGCGAAAAAAAAAAUCAAACGUUGGCUCUACGCUUAAAAUCCGCGAGAGAUCGACACUUUCUUGUAAUUCGAAGGAACGACGUCACGAUGCGUCUCCGCAUACGUGGUCAUUUCCGGGCCAAGAGACCUGACUCGCUUCUACCGAUGCACGAUGAACUUAUACUCGUAGUAAGGAUCGUGAUCACAUGGGGUGUUCGAUUGACGGGCGAGAAGACUGGAUAAUCGAUUCGAAGUUUGCGUCGAAGGGACGGAUAUAUCGCUUUCCACGCGAAUAUUAAUCGCCCCUCAUCCCGUACACCUUGACACCGUACACUCGUUUAUAAGCUGAAAACGAACGUCUCUAUUAAAAUAAUAAUGAAAUAAUAUAUAACAUAGGAGAAGAAGAGAGGAUAGCCGGAUACGAAUCUAUAUAAUAUGUAUAUUAUAUAACGUUAAUUAUGUUAUGUUUUCGUUCCACCGAAUCGUACGAAGAGGUGCGCACGCGUAUAUACUUCCCACGAAUGGACCGUAGUAGAGCGUAAAAGGCAAUGCGUGCAGUCGCGCGCGCUUUAAUUCUAUUGUCUUUUCUUUUUUUUUUCUCUGCCUUUAUUUUAUUUUAUUUUUUCUAAUUUCACCUUAUCAUUCGUUUCGCCUUAUACUCACGGUUUUCUUGUUCUUUUCCCUUAUACUCUACGUUAGACGAGAGGACAUGUAACGGGUACAUGCAAAAGAAAAAUAUUACAAAAAAAAAUAUAGAUUAAAAACGGACGAGGACUGGACCUUGAGUCCUUAUCAUAGACAGUGUAACAUCUCAACGAUGAACGACAAACAAUAGGACAUUUAUUAGUAACAGAGAAAGAGACCAUGGACGUAUACCCUAUACAUAUUAAUAGCGAAUAUACGAACGGUACACGAGACGGUGUACACGCGUACCUAAUUACGUUACGUUUGAGCGACGGCCGACUACUAACACAAUUGCAUAUUAGGUAUAUAUUAUAUGAAUGCAUAUUAGGUAUUUAUAUAGAAUCUAUAUAACUGUAUAAUUGUAACGAAAUGCCAAUGUCCGCGGACCCAGGCGACUGUGCCACCCGGCGGCUUUAAUAAUCAAUCGAAUUGAACGGGUCACACCGGCCUCGCAGACGUCUGGGUCCUUUUGCUCGGGCGCAGGAGGAAAGACGCGAUACAGUAUGGCGAGAGAGCGUGAUAGAUUAGCGAACAGACUUUGGAAAACGGUAGAUAGUAGAGAGCGAGUGAGAGCGAGUGUGUGAGAGAGAGAGAGAGAGAGGGGGAGGGGAAAGAGCAGACCGAAGAAUUUACUCGGAACAAAAAAAAAAGAAAAAGAAAAUGACGCGAGAAAACAAGAUACGGAGAUAGACACGAGGCAAGCCAGGGAGUGGAGAGGUUCGGGCGACAUAAUAGAACAAGGUUCGAGUUGCUUUCCAAUAGAGAGAAUAGAGGGAAAAAUAUUGAAAUAUAAAUGAAACUAAUGGAGAGAUACAUGAAAUAAUAAUGAUAAUAACGAAAAUGAAAGAUCAUCCAGAAGUAAUAUCCGUGUGCGGUACAGGCGACGAAGAGAAUGCGAUUCGGAUUGGAUCAGGGUGGCCGUAAUGGUGGUCGCGAAAGUUUAAGUGAAAACCUUUUUACGCUUUUAUUCUGCAACGUUGUGCUAAUAUCGACAAUUUUAAUAAUGUCCAGUUAAUUUCCUUUGCGUUCUUUCUAUCGGAAAUGAAAAACGAGACGCUUCUGACAUUUCGCACUGGUGCGGAAUCAUCGUAUUAGUAGUGAGCGGUAUAGAUGCAUACACUUAUGCGUGUAAAGUGCUAUUUAAUUGGACGCAAACGUUAACGCGCGUUGACUUUGCGUCCCGGUACGGGGAGACGAGUAGAGGUAUGAGGGAAGAAAGGAAAAAAAAUUCUAUUUAUUUUUUAGCGAUGAACGUUAUCGUUAUCCAUUAGAUACCUUUACUUAACCUCUUUCUCCGCCCCUCUUCUCUCCGUUUCGAUUUCGUUGCACUUUUGUCCUUUCUUUAUGUCUCGUUCUUGUCUAUUGCCUUCCUUUUUCUAAAUCGACAAUUUCGGCUGGUCUGAAUUCACUUUAGGGUAUAGGAUUCGAGGAUUAUAGUGAGAGAGAGAGAGAGAGAGAGAGAGAGAGAGAGAGAAAAUGGAAGAAAAUUACGGAGAUAAUGAAGAAAUAUUUAAUAUGAAGGAUAAGGGGGAUACGAGCGUGUGACAAGUGCACGAAUCACAAUAGGGAAUUCGAAAGCGCACCGCAGGGUGUAUCCACGUUCAACGUUACGGCUUUUAUGAGUUCGCGUGUUCUUUUUUCCUUUCCUUCUUUCUUGUUAGUUCAAUAAGCCGAGCACGAUUGGCGGGAAUUUACGGACCGUUUAAAAUUUUUCACCUCGCAAACCCUGGCUCCUCGUUCUUCAUUUUUCCUUCCUCGUUUCGCUCUGCUAAGCGUAGUCGCAUAAAAUUGUUUAUUUAACUGUCGCACGAGCCCGCAACUCAUCCACGUGCGUUGAAUACUCGCGUUUUAGGAUAUUUCAAAGAUUGGAGUGAACAAAAUUGUAUUUUCUUUUCUUUUUCGGUUAUUUCUUUUUUUUUUUUUUUCUUUUAUUGUAACAAAUCCUCGCACUACUUUGCGACUUGUGUACAUAACGUUUAAUACACUUGUACAUGUAUAUACGUCGCGACACGACUUUGCGAGAGGUCCGUAUUUCUUUGUUUUCUUGCUUAAUAAUUGCUUUUCUUUUUUUUUUUCUUUUCUGAAGAAAAAAAGUUCUUCGACACGGUCGGACACGUGGAACCCCGUAACGGCGAUAUCUACGCGUCAAUGCGUAUUUGUUCGCUCUGAAAUGUUCUAUGAUGGAAACGAAUAGGCAAAUAAAAAUCGUUCGCUGACGCAGGUGGUAUGACAUUGUGAUCUAUACAAAUUACAAAUUACAAAGCAUCAACAAGUAGUAGAUAAUUAAGGUUAUUACACAAUUCAGAGAGACAUAUACAUACACAACGGGGGUACACGAGCAACGUAUAUCACAUACGUAUUGACACAGAACACUAUUAAUAAGAAUAUUUAAAAAUUAAUUAAAAAAAGAGGAAACGAACAGGCGCAAGAUAAGAGUGCGCGUAGAUCACGUGAGCGUGUUAUAACGGAGACGAACGUAAUUAUACAAAAAAAAAAGAAUAGAUGAAAAAAAUGAAUGAGUACGUGCGCUGUUUCUCGUACGUACUUGGACAAGCUGUAAGUACGUAAGCAAACCGUUAUGUACAGGGUGGACCGUAAGAACCGAAUGCAAAAAAAAAGCGAGGACGACUACAAACGUACCUAACCACAAAAAGCAAACGCAGAGACAAGAUAUAGAAAAAAAAAAAAAAAAGAGAAAUAAUAAAAAUAAAUACGUCUGACACGUAAGAAUUAAGCAAAGUAAUAUAAAGUAAAGGAAAGAAGAAACAAAAAAAAA